UUGAAGGUUCGUGAUACAACAAGUAAAGAAAAAUCUACACCAAAAGGCGGUGGGAAUCAGAGUAAUAAUGCGAAGCAACGGAAGCUAGACGAGCCUAAAUACAGGGAGCUGAAGAAGCCGCUGGACAAGACGUAUCAGAAAUCGCUGCAGCAGCUUGCCCUUUUUGCCGUUCCCAAGGUAAUUCUCUGA